AUGGACUACACUUCCGACAUCAGCGUCAAGGAGAAAGUCUCUGCCGUACCACAAACGACACCCCUCGACGUCGAAAGCCAAACCGGCACAACAUACCUGAUCGCAGCCCAACAGGCCGUCGACCUUGAGCCAACCCACGCUGCCGAAUAUGCGGAAUACCUUCGUCUGCACACCCAUUUCACAUCCGACAAGAAGAACCAUGGUCGUCUGAUCCGGUUGCUGGACUGGCGAAUCUUGCCCAUGUUGUUUAUGUUUUACUUGCUCAACUCUCUCGACAAGGCUAAUGCUGGUAAUAUCAAGAUUUACACGUUUUUGGCCGAUACGAAAAUGACUGGUACUCAAUUCAAUCUUGCUCUGACAUGGUACUUUUUUACAUACGCUGGACUGGAAGCUCCUUCUAACAUGAUGAUGCGUAAAUACGGGCCCCGAAUCUGGCUGUCCGGCCUAGUCACCUGCUGGGGCGCCGUCACUCUCGGAUCUGCCUGGGUCAAAAGCUACGGCGACUAUUGCGCUGCUCGCAUCAUGCUCGGCGUCUUCGAAGCUGGUCUCUUUCAGGGCUGCUUCUACACACUCAGCUGCUGGUACCUUCCCACCGAACUCCAGACCCGAUGCGCAUGGUGGUACAGCGCAACCAUGCUUUCAGGAGCCUUUGGCGGCCUUCUAGCCUACGCCGUUGGUCCUCUCCAGGGCCACCUUGGUCUUAAGCAAUGGCAAUACCUCUUCAUUAUCGAAGGCGCCAUCACCAUGUUUUUUGGCCUGCUAGGUUUCUGGCUCUGCCCCGAUUUCCCCGAAAAAUGGGGCUCGAGUUGGUUCGCGAAGGAUGAGAUGCACUACUUGCAGCUUCGCAUCAAGUACAAGGAUGGGCCCGUUCCUCCUGACGACACUUUCUAUUGGGGUGCACUCAAGGAGGCUAUCAAGGACUGGAAGACGUAUUUCAUUGCCUCUCUGUUGGCCUUUGGUGGUAGUGUGCCUACAUACAGCGUUAAUUACACGCUUGCUACCAUGGUCAAGUCAUUGGGUUACACUUCCAUUAGAGCACAGGCUUUGACCGCUCCUCCUUAUGUCUUUGCUUUCAUUUGCGUUAUUUUGAUUGCUCUGUACUCGGACAAAUAUCAAUGCCGUGCUCGCUCUCUCCUCAUCAGCUACACAGUCGGCACAAUCGGCAUUGUGAUUCUGUGGCCAUCCCUCUACCACAGCAACCUCUCCGGUCUGUCUUAUUUUGCUCUCUUCCUUGUUGUCGCUGGAUACAACAUGCAAGCACCAGCUGUCGGCUCCUGGCUCGGCACAAACGUGCGCAACCCCGCCAAACGUGCCGCCGCUAUGGGCUGGCAAUCAACCUGGGGACAGCUGUUUGGUGGUUGCAUUGGUGCAAACAUCUUUGUUAGCUCUGAGGCGCCUACCUACCAUUCUGGUUUCACUACGUUGUUAGUGUUGGUGAUUGUGGGUGGUUUCGGAGCCUGCAUUGCCAAUUGGUAUUGUUUGAGGGCUUCGAACUUGAAGAAGGAUAAGAUUCCUCUCGAAGAGUUAGAGGGUAAAUAUACGGAUGAGCAGUUGGCGAAGAUGGGAGAGUAUAGUCCUUACUUCAGGUAUAUUCUUUAA